AUGAAGCAGAAGAAAAUGAAGAAGCUUGCUAGUUCUGUGAAGACUGAAGAAUCUGAAUUGAAAUUCAAAGCCAAGAGCUCUGAGAGCACUAAUAUUAAAGCUAUAAUUAAAAAAAUGACCAACAAGUUUAUAAAUUUGAUAUUGGUCAUGAGAGUACAGUCAAAUCAGAUACAAGAAAAUUCUGAUCAUACAAGAGAACACCCAACUGCAAUUAUGGCUGAGAAGGAGCUUGAACUGGAGAAAUUUCAACACAUUUCUCAUGCUUUUACUGUGGAAAACCUGGACACCAUCAAUCUCAAAGAGAAUAAAUGGGCAAUUUCAGAGUUAACAAGCUUUAAAAAGAAGAUCAAUCAAGAAUCUGAUUCAGAUAAGAAAUAUGAACCACUGGAAGAAAGAACAUCAGUCAAUGUUGGAACUGUUGGAGAAGCUAAGAACAGUCAAAAAGCUAAGAUUGCAACAUCUCAUACUCAUGUUGAUGAUGAUAUCAUGGAAGAUGUUGAACUGAUCAAUCAGAAGAAGCCUGAAAUUCAGAACAAGACUGUAAAGAAACAAAGAUCAAGAUAUUCUGCAACAGAUUGUUUAUUCUCUCAGAUCUGUGAUUCAACAGAUGCUAAUGAAUUAAUGGGUCAAAUUCUCAAUAAGAAGGUUGAAGUGUCAGUCAAGAAGCUUAUAGAUAUAUUGCUAAAGCUUUAUCAAGUGUUCUUCAGAUCAGGUUGA